AUGUACCAUGCUGAUAAAUUUUCUUGGCAUGCUUGGUUGAAUAUCAGAACCUCCAGCAGUUGUAUUGGCUUAAAAUUUCCUUCCACACCUUUGAGACUGAAAUCCCCUUCUAUUUGCCCACAUUGCUAUGCAAAAAAAUUUGAACAUGAAUCACUUCAUUUCUGUUAUGGGAAUGGAUCUGUUAAACUAGCCACUAAUGAAUACCCCCCUGAACUAUAUAGAAUUUUAACAUCUGAUGAGGAAGAUGCAUCACACUUUAGACAAUACAUUCGAUUAUAUAACAACUUAUUUGCAUUUAGCUCAUUAGGUGGUAAAUAUGAUGGCAGCAUACAUAAAGGAAUAUAUGUUUUUAAAUUGCAUGGACAAAUUUACCAUAACUUGCCUGAUUUAAUCCCUGAUGAACAAGGCCCUAGAUAUUUACAUCUCUAUUUUUAUGAUGGCCAAUUUGAAUCAAUUGCUAGAGCAGAUUGCUUUAAACAAGUCAGGCAAGAUAUUAUAGACAUACUUAUGGAGUAUCCACUCUUAUUCCCGCAUGGUGAUUGCGGCUGGGGUCAGGGUCUGGCCAAGGACAGCGGUACAGGACAGCUGGAAACAUACCCCAUUACAUCUUCAGCAGUGCAUACAGAGGAAGAUGUCUUUGCACAGGAAGCUAGCCGCUUAGCGGAUGCAGGUGGUGCUUCAGUCUGCCAUAUUUCUGCCCGUGAGUACUAUGCUUACAAACUGCAAUGCCGCCCAAACAAUUUGCUCCUGCGUGCAGGCCGAUGUUUGCAGCAAUAUAUAGUUGACAUGUAUGUGAAGAUUGAGAACACUCGCCUAGACUACUUUCGCCACAACCAACAAACAAUCAAAGCUGAUUUGUAUCAGGGGAUUUUGGAUUCCAUUGAAAGUGGUGAAACAAAUCCCAUAAAUGUAGGACGACGAGUUAUUUUACCCCCCACUUUUAUUGGUGGUCCGCGAGACAUGAAGCGGCGAUACCUCAAGGCCAUGGCUUUGGUUCAACAUUUUUGCAAGCCUGAUUUGUUUCUCACAAUCACUUGUAAUGAAAACUGGCCAGAGAUCAAGGCAGAACUAGCUCAUGGAGAAACAGCUCAAAACCGGCCAGAUCUUGUUGCCCGUCUUCCUCAUGCACAUUUCCUUAUUAUCCUGAAGCCUGAUUACAAAUUGAAAACAUCUUCUGAUUUUGACCGUUUUGUCUCUGCUGAGCUACCACCCCACAGCUCCCCAGAUCUACGAAAAAUAAUAGUACCCCAAAGCUACCCAAAACAAUGCUUAGAAGAAACAACAAACCAUGAUGAUGGAUAUCCAGUGUACAAGAGACGAGAUACAGGAGAAAGUGUCCGAAUUCGAGGUUCAAACCUUGAUAAUCGUUGGGUUAUUCCAUACAAUCCAUACCUUUCCGCGUUGUUUGACUGUCAUCUCAAUGUAGAAGUAUGUUCAUCUAUUCAGGGUAUUAAGUACUUAUACAAAUAUGUUUACAAAGGGCAUGACAGAGUAUCUUUUAAUGUUGGUGGUGAAGAAAAUCAGGCCGUUGAUGAAAUUCAAAGGUUCCAGUCUGGUCGAUGGGUUUCACCAUGUGAGGCAGCUUGGAGGAUUUUCGGCUUUGACUUAUUUGAGAUGCACCCCCCUGUGCAGCACCUUGCAGUGCACUUGGAAAACAUGCAAAUAGUUCAGAUAAGGAGUCAUGAUCAACUUGAUUCUGCAGUGUUAAAUGAACGAAGAUCCAGAACUCAACUAACAGAAUUCUUCAAAGCAAAUACAGCCUCACCUCAAGGUACAGGAUAUCUCUAUAGUGAAUUCAUUGAACAUUACAAGUGGGAUUCCACUGCAAAGGCAUGGUUUCAGAGACAAAACAAGAAACUGGUCAUAGGUCGGCUGGCAUGUUUUACACCUGCAGAAGGAGAACGCUUCUUUUUGCGGCUGCUUCUUAGCAAUGUACGCAGUCCUAAAUCGUUUCCUGACCUCCGGACUGUGAAUGGAGUGCUAUGUGCCACUUUUCAUGAAGCAGCUAUUAAAAGAGGGCUCUUUGAAGAAGACAAUGUUGUUUAUUCCUGUUUGUCUGAAGCUGCAGAAAUUCAUACGCCAGGAGCCUUACGUCGACUAUUUGCAGCUGUGUUGGUUUUCUGCGCUCCGAGCAAUCCACGUACACUAUGA